AUGUCUCCGAGUCUUGAUUCAGAUAGCCAGUUCGCCGACCUGCAGAGCUACCUUGUUCUCGAGCUUUCUCAUCGCGCUUGGGAAGUUGUUUCCGGUCCCCAAGAGGUUGCGGGAAUUUUUUUGGACGGAUUUCCAGAGGUACUAGCUUUAUUGAAGAGUACUGGCGAGGAGGAGGCCCGUGCCAUCGGUUGCUAUAUUCCGACUUGCUUUGGAGAGCGUAUUGAACGUCUAAAAGAAGUUGCUAACAGAUUGCGCGGCAAUAUUAUAAGUGGUACUUUACAGGUUCAUGUUAACAAACUAGCGAUUGGUAUUAAUGGUUGUGGUUCUCCCUCACUUGCCAUGGCAGAUAUGGCUAGACGGGUGGCUGAUGUAUACUAUGAGACUCACCCUGAUGCCCGAGAGAGUGGGUACGCUGGUCUAUUUAAUUCCGAGCCUUACAUUGCUUGGAUCCGUCUAGAUGGCGCGAAGAAGAACUGCGAUGCUUGCAACUCGAAGUGGGAUGGUUGA